CCUGCCGCGUCCGCGCGCCCGCCCCGCCCGAGCAGCGGCCGCAGCCCCGGCCGGGCCCAGCGGGGAGAUGAACACGGUGCUGUCCCGGGCCAACUCGCUCUUCGCCUUCUCGCUGAGCGUGAUGGCGGCGCUCACCUUCGGCUGCUUCAUCACCACCGCCUUCAAGGAGCGCAGCGUGCCCGUCCGCAUCGCCGUCUCCCGGGUCACGCUAAAAAAUGUAGAAGAUUUCACUGGACCUAGAGAAAGAAGUGAUCUGGGAUUCGUCACAUUUGACAUUACUGCAGAUCUGCAGAGUAUAUUUGAUUGGAAUGUUAAACAGUUGUUUCUAUAUUUGUCUGCAGAAUAUUCAACAAAAAACAAUGCCCUAAAUCAGGUGGUCCUUUGGGACAAGAUCAUGUUGAGAGGAGAUAACCCAAGGCUGUCCUUAAAAGACAUGAAGUCAAAGUACUUUUUCUUUGAUGAUGGAAAUGGUCUCAAGGGAAACAGGAAUAUCACCUUGACUCUCUCCUGGAAUGUUGUACCAAAUGCUGGCAUUCUACCUCUUGUAACAGGAUCAGGACAUGUGUCUGUACCUUUCCCAGAUACCUAUGAAACAACAAAAAGUUAUUAAAUUAUAGUACUGAAUCAUAAGCAAAAUAUUUUUAUACUUGUAUAUUGUGGAUACAUUUUAUUGCAGUUUCUUCUUGCAUCCCAUCCAACUUUUCACUGAAUGGAGCUUAAUUUCCUCAGGAUAGUAGCAUAGGAAAAAGAAAUGAAAAUUCAGGUUUUUUUUUUUUAAUAAAACAUUGCAGCUGAAACUUAAGGGAAAGGUAAAUUGCAGAGCAACGGUUUUGAGGGGGAAAACUGAGGAUUUUUUUUUUCCUGGCCAUUUAAGUAUAGAUCUCCUUUUCUUUUAAAUAAAUAUUUUUAAACCAGAAGAUA